AAUCAACAAGUAAUUAGUUUAAACGAUCAAAAAAAAAAAAAUCAAAAUAAAAUAUCAAUUUGUAAUUAAUGGCUUAAUUUCUUAAUUAAAUAAUACGUUAUUCAAACGAUACUAAAAUUACACGAUUUAUGACUGGAUUUGUUGUUUACAUAAAUUCUAUCAGAAAUUCUUAAAGUGUGGGUCAAGUUAAAUAUUAAAAUAUAAAAGUAAUAUACAUGUUCAUUAGAAGAAUUUAUUAAAAGUGAAUCACAAAAAAUAAGUUUUCGAAAGUGUCUCUCGACUCAUCAAAGUUUGGAAAGCAUUGAAUUAAAUUAUUCAUUAGUAAUUCUAAACGAUCGAUCAAAUAUUAUAUACAUAUGUAUGUAUUUUGAUUCAUAAUUUCUUAUCCAGACAGAGGACAAAUAAAGAUUCAUCGAUGCGAUCGAUAAUAAUCAAGCAAAGCAGAUAAGAACAAUAACUAAACGACUUGGGAAUCAACAAAUCUACGAUAAAUUUAACGUUCUACGUAAACAUAAAAAAAAAAAAAAUGUGGAAAAAAGUAAAGUUCGAAAUAAAUCAUUUUUACAUGUAUUAUGUGGGGAGGGGGGAAAAAAAGGAAAAAAUAUUUCAUUAAAAAUAAAAAAACUAAUGAGAUAUUCCGUAUAUAUAUUAUAUGCAUGAUAUGCUCAGCAGCAAUAAUAUAUCAAGUCAAGCAAACCGUACAAUUACAGAAGAGAUAUAUAUCAAGCUAUUUCAUCGAAAAUUAUAUAUGGAUUGGUACGAUCGAAGUUACGUUGUUUAUUCAACCUAGGAUAGCCAUCGCACGCUGAAGAGCCACUCGUUCAACAACAAUAAUUAUCCGUCGACGAUCUGACGCGAAUGGAUGGACACAACAAGCGAUACAAUAAAGUACGCGCAGUACGAUGUACGUGGGGGUUCGUUUCUCAUCGUUAUUCUUUAGAAUGAAAAGACAUUCUUUCUAGUCCAUACGUUCUAACGCGAAGAAUUAUAUUUUAGCACUUACAAAUAAUAAAAAAAAAAAAAAAAAAAAAAAAAAAAAAAAAAAAAAAAAAAAAACGACAAACUAUGAUCUUUAAAUAAUAGAGAUAAUCAAAACGCAAACAUAAUUACAUAUUUAUUACUUUGAUCGAUAUUCUAACGAUAAGAUUCCGAUAUUCUUCUUAAAAAGAAAAAAAAGAAAGAGAGAGAGAGAAAGAGAGAGAGGGGGGGAGAGUAAACAAACAAACAUGUAUUUUCUGAUCAGAAAAGAAUUUUAUGAUAAUACUAUUUGCGAAGAAAAUAUUUUACCGGUGGAACGUGUAAAACGUGUAGAAGGAACCACUGAAGAAACUAAAAUGCACGCAAAAUGGAAUAAGCACGAGAACAGGAAACGAGGAAAUGUUAAAGUAAGCAAUAUUAAAAACGAAAAUAUGACAAUGAACAGGACGAUUGUGAAUAGCGAUAUCUUUCAAGCUCUUUUUCCUGUUUAUCAUAUCAGCAAGGUAUGUGGUUUGCUUCCAGUUCGUUUCACGAAACAAGCUCAUGGCCGAUACCAAGGUCAUUUGGAAGUUUUCGAUGUAAUUUACUGCAUAUUACUUCUUGGAGUUGUCAUGGGUUUAGAAGUUUGGGGUCUAUGGCGAGAAAUGAAAGAUGGCUGGGAAAAUAGUAUCAGACUAAAAUCUCAUUCAGCUGUAAUACCAACUUGUAGUGAUAUUCUUGGAGUAAUAAUACUGGCUAUUAUUGCUGUAUUAGGUUCGCCAUUUCGCUGGAAACACGGACAGAUUGUUCUUAAUAAGUUGGCCGAGAUCGACGAAACAUUGGGUAUCGUUGAACCGAAGAAAACUCGUAGAUAUACCAUUGUCCUAUCCGCUUGCGCUCUUACCUAUCUUGUUAUAAUAACGAGUCUCGAUAUGUGUUGGUGGGAUCACUAUUCAAAGGCAAAUAAAAAAAUGAGUGACAAGGGUCCGAUCAACUAUAUGCCUAUUUAUGUCAUGUAUAUGAUCAUCAUUAUAUUGGAAAUCCAAUAUAGUCUUAUCACAUACAACGUGUGUCAGAGAUUUGUGAGACUUAACAAAUGUCUCGAAGGUAUUUUAAAGACAGGCAAAGUGACCGAUCAUUUUAGAAAAGAUCUUGGCUUGGCCGGUGAUAUUAAAACUCGAGAACAACCAGCUUCGUACAUUCGUAUAUCCAAGGCCUUAGAAUGGUAUCCUGUUGGAUUUGAAACGAAAAAUUUUGCAAAUUAUAUAGCUCAACUCGUGACAGUGCACUCGUCUCUAUGCGAUACGGUUUCUUCUAUAAAUAAUGCCUUCGGUCUCGUAAUGGUAGUAAUCACGCUUACCUGCCUCUUACAUUUGAUUAUUACACCCUAUUUUCUAAUAGAUGAAGUCAAUGGAAAUCGUCAAUGGUUAUCCAUCAUAGAUCAAACUUUGUGGUGCAUCUUACAUGUCACGAGAAUGCUUAUAAUCAUACAACCUACUUAUUCCACUACCAUUCAGGCAAAAAAGACGGCCGUUCUCGUUAGUCAACUGCUUUCUUCUAAUCCAGAUGUGGAAUGUAGAAAACACUUGGAGGUUUUUUCGCUUCAAAUACUACAUCGACCUUUGGACUUUACUGCUUGUGGACUUUUCUCUUUAGAUAGAUCUCUCGUUACUUCGAUUGCCGGCGCGGUAACGACAUAUCUCGUAAUUCUCAUACAAUUUCAAAAAGAAGACACUACGAAAGACGAUGUAGAUAACAUUUUGAAAAAUGCUACGCAAAUUUUGAGAAAUGCCUCGUCUCUUCAUAAUUUCACAACGAUCAAACAUAAUAAUACAUAAAUGUUCUUGUGAUUUUUUUUUUUUUUACAGACGUUAUAAGUAAGUAAGUAUUACAUACACCAUUGACGUCUUCGUUUAAUUAAUAAAUUGAAUUAACUUUGUACGUUCCAAUAGAGUCAAAUAAUGCUCAUUUCGGUGUCCAUCUAUAUGGACAUAGUCAAUUGAAAUAGGCAUACGGUAAUUAUAUAAAUAUAGGCAUGCGGCAGUUAUACAAAUAGUUUAUAUAAAUACAAUAUUCUGUCCACUUUUAA